AUGUCAGAGCCAGAGGCCGAUCUCAAGACCAAAGUCCAGAUCGCUGCCAAUCUUUUCCCUGCAUCUCACCCGCCGCCCAUAUACACGGCCACACCGCUCGUGGUGCCGUCCCUCCAGAACACCAUCAAUAUCGUUGGCGGCAUGGUCGCCACUGCCACGACACUGGCCGACCCCAACGUCAUCAUGGCCGAUCAAGGCCAAAUCCUCGACCCUGCCACUGCCGGUGCCGGUGAUGAGCUGGCCGGCCAUCAUGACGACAUUGUUGUAGAUGACGACAGCCUCAAUGACCCGUAUGAUGAUGGCGACAUCCACGAAGCUACCUCCCUACCCGCGGCCCAACCGCAGGCCGAAGUGGUCGAUGGUAACGAUGACUAUGCCAGGACUUUCGACUCGCCCAUUGAGCCGGAAGUGGAGGACGCGCAAGACGCGACCGAGGCGUCCCAGAGUGUACCAAAGCCAAUGCAGCCAGAAUCCCAGACCGUUUCGGCCCCGGUCGAUCCCUUGAAUGCUGAUGGACGACCCUCGAGCGUUCCCGUUCAAGAUGCUGCCCAUGACGCAUCUGCCAUGGCUGAUCAGGGUGAUCUCGCUCCUGCUACCGUCGAUGACCUGGCUGCCCAAUCUCAGGUACAGACAGAUCCCGCCCUCGUCGCAACGGGCCCAUCGCAAGCUCCAGGUGAGCCGGAGCCACAGGUUUUCGCCGGCUCCGUUGUCUCGUCAGCCAUCCAAAACCAAGACGUGGUCGAGACGGAGUCUCAAGGUUCCUCUCUUGAUAUCCAGCAGCUCGUGGCUGACCUGACCAGCCAAGCGGCGCAGCCCGGCCCCGGUGCUGAUCCCUCUACCACAUCUGAUGUGAUCGCAGACGCAUCCGCCGUUCCUUCCUUUCCGAUUCCAUCUCCUGCAUUGCCAUCGCCCUCGACUCUUCCCCCGAGACCUCCUCUGCCUCAGUCCAUCCCUCAGCCGUCUGUCGCGGACCAUCCUGACCAGUCCCAUGUUCCGGCCUCCAACGGCGGCGCCAUUCCGUCAACUCCAACUCAGCCGGCUUCUCACGCUGCUUCUGGGACCGAGGUGACGUCCAUGGAGGUGGCGGCUUCGGCCACCUCCUUGACUGCUCAGCCGCUCCAAGCGGAGGAACCCGAUUACCAACGCCAGUGGGAGCAGUUCACGACGGAUGAAAGCCAGUACAUAUCCGAAGCGAACUGGGAGCGCUUUCCCGAAGGCUCUCGCAUCUUCAUUGGCAAUCUCUCCAGUGACAAAGUCUCGAAAGAGGAGGUCUUCAAAGUCUUUCACAGAUACGGCAGGGUUGCCCAGAUUUCGAUGAAGCAAGCCUAUGGCUUCGUUCAAUACCACACCUUGGACGAGGGUCGUGCAGCCAUGGAGAAUUUGCAAGGAGCCGAGAUACAAGGCCGUCGCAUUCAUCUCGAAGUGUCGCGACGACAGAAAAAGUCCAAAAAGGAUCGGGCACGAAGUCCCGACAGGGGCAGGGGGCGUGAUGCGGGCCGCAGAAAUGAGAAGCAGCAGCACCAGGGCCGGGACGAGCACCGACAAGGACGCAACCACUCGCCGAGGCGGAACGAUCACCACCGUAGGGACGAGGGUUUCGGUCGAGACCGCGGCUCCUACGAUGGCGGCCGAGGGAAACGGGGCCGCUCACGGUCCCCAGCGUACGGUCGGAAUGAUCGGGAAUCCUACCGGAGACGCAGCCCUAGCCCGUACUCGAGGCCUCAGCAGGAGCCCGAGCUUGACCUGCCUCGCAGGUACGGCGCCGACAUCCCAGACGUGCAGCUCAUCCUCCAGCCGGACGUCAACCGCGACUUUGCCACCUGGGUCGAAGGGGCUUUCAAGGCCAAGGGGCUCAAGUCUGAAAUCAUGUAUUUGCAUCCUCGGAUGCCCAAGGAACAGAUUGUCCAGCGACAGGCCGCCGAGGGUGUGCACGCCGUCGUGGACUUGGACUUUCGCGCCCAGUCUCGAGGACGCAUCCCCGUUCAAGCCUUCGACCGCUCCGCAGGAGGAAGCAACGUCCGGUUCGACCAGUAUCUGGAUUUGGACCCGCCCACUGCCGCCGAGGUCAUUCUACGCGCCAAGGCGUCCGGCAACCCGAGCUACGGCCAGGGUUACGGUCCCGGUGGUGGAUACUCGAACCAGUACGGACAGCAGCCCUCCCAGCCGUCCGGCUAUCCCGGUGCCCAGCAUCCCGGCAUGUACCCCCAGCAGCAGCAGCAGCAGCAGCAGCAGCAGCAGCCACAUGCUCCCCAGGGCGCGGUGGACAUUGCCAACCUGAUGGGACAGGUUGAUAACGCGACGCUCCAGCGGCUCCUGUCGUCAAUACAGCCUUCCCCGAGCGGAGCCCCCGGCGCUCCUACUGCGUAUGGCGCUUCCGUCCCGGCAGCGAACGCACAGGUUGACAUCCAAGCUAUUCUGGGCAGUCUCGGCGGCGGCGCCCCUUCUCCGGCACACGCUCCUCCGCAUGGCCUGUACACUUCUGCCUCUGCUCCCUCUUACGGCGCACAGCAACCGCCAAACGCGGCGCCCGGGAGCGGCGAUCCAGCAGCGCAGGCCCAGGUCCAGAACAUCAUGGCCCAGCUGGCACGCUAUCGGCAGUGA